GUAGUGGGUUUUUGGAGUGAAUAAAAGCGUAAUGACCACUGUCGUUUGAUAUCAAAUCAAUUCCAUCGCUUCAACAGUGACCAUCUGAUUUAUUAUUCAAUUUAAAAUGGCAUCAACAAGCAUUAUCGUCGUCGUUUUGGCAAUGUUCUUCUCGGCCACAUUUGGAGCAAUUGUGCCUGUUGCCACAUCGUACAAUGCACAUGCAAUCAAUCACGCAGUUGCCACUCCAUUUGCAGCACCAGUCGUGGCUGCUGCAGCUCCGGUCGUAGCCGCAGCACCAGCACCACUUGUUGCCGCCGCAGCUCCAUCUCCAUACUUUGCAGCUCGUGCUUCAUAUGUGCCGUCACCAUACGCAACAGCUUACUCAUAUCCAUACACCUAUCCAUAUCUCUUCUAAGGAAAAUGCCAUUUAUAAAACUUUUAUGAGGCUUGUGGGAAAGAUAAUAACUUCAUUGAACUUAAAAUCAAUUGAAUUAGUAUGAAUAAAGAGAAGUUUUUGAAAAACA